AUGCUCCACUGUCCACCCUCACGAAUCAACCUUACAAACUCCGAUAUAGCUGGCUUUGAGCGACGAUCCGCUGCAAAGCAGGAAGCUGCCAGACUGGCGAAAGUCAACACAACCAAACCACGCUUGAGCGCUGGUCCAAGCCGAGCGAUAAGACACAGCGUUGUCCGAGUAGAUGACAAUUCAGCCCGGAAUCAAGCGCUCUCUGGCUCGUCAAGAGCAUUGAUCUGCAACGAAUCUCGAAGCGAAACAGACUACAUCUACACUCAUCCAGGACGCACUUUCUUGUCGCCCCCAAUCAUCCACACCAGUGAUUACGAUGACGAUAACAAUGCAACUGGAAGGUCCAGUAGUGUGCCUGCCGAGCAGCAGCCGGUUCCCAGAAUGUCGCCUGGAUUUCGAACGCAGAGACGAGAUGGAUCUAUACCCACUCGCGGCGGGAGUCUGUCUCCUUCAGCACUAGACGGCAUUAGUGAGAGACGUUUGCGGCCACUGGCCAUACAGCGGUCCUCGCGGGAGAUGGCAGCUGCCAACUUGACCUCCAGAUCCACAAGACAGUCUUCUCAGCGCGAUGACUUUGUACUGUAUGAAGAUCCAGCUUCCAUUCAGGCUUAUAUCGAAGCGCAGCAUCUGCAUCUUUGGCGUGCGCACAACGCACCGAACCCACGAAGCCAUUACCUACAGCCCGAUUUUGGAGGCACUGCCAGGCGUGCUCCCUCUUACCCUGUUCUGGCCACCACUGAACGUCCUGCACUUCCUGCUAAUCUUAAUCCUGGAGCACCAGCCUUCGUUCCUCGAAUGCGGUUCGGCUCUGGCACACGUGGUUCGGAAGAGAACACACUAGGAGGCUCUAGUAUGUCACAACAGUCCGGACAAGGAGCACGAACAGCAAGUACUCAAAGCACCUCCAACCUCCGCGUCCGCUCCUCCUUCGAACGUAAUUCACAGCAGGGAUACCGUCGACAGAUUAGCUACAGCUCCACGACGAACAACACAUCGGCCACCCGGCCCUCACCUAUCCAAUAUCGUCGUAGAAGCCACACGGGCGAUCAAGAUGCAAGCCUUUCUGCCAUAUCUACAGUCGGGGAAAGAUACCCAGCACUUCACCCCCCAAGCUCAAUUCCCGCACCUAGGCGCAGUAGUGGAACCCAGAGACAGGUUGUCUUCCCGCGGCGAAGAAGCUCACAGCAGCACCUCGUCGACUGCCAACGAACGACCAUACCAAUGCCCAUACGUUCGGGUAACGAACAGCGCCGCUCCAGUACACAAAGCAAAUCAUCAAGUCUAAUCAUACCAGACGUCUCAAAUGAUAUGCGUGCGUCGCCCGCAGCUCCUUCGUCAACAAGCCAUUCAACACCGAACCUGUUUCGGGCGACGUCACCAGCUCCACUUGCUCACAGCAGUGGUAGCUCACCUUCGUGGAAUCGAUAUGUUGCUUCUCAUCGAGACGGGUACCGCAUACCGAGUGUGGUGAGCGCUGCAAGUGGUAUCAGUGGUUCAUCAGACAGCCGCGCCCACCAAUUAGGUCAUAUGCCUUUCGAGGAGUCUUUGCUCAGCAGAGGAUCGCCUCUGGAUGAACUGCUACUGAGCUUCAGCCGCUUGUCUCCAGCCGAUGGCCGACCCAGAUCGGUUGGAAGAUCUUUCCAACGACCUCCUGGAAGCCAUACCAGAAUAUCUUUGCUUUCGGGCGACAUUUUUCAGCACGAUAAUCCUGAUGAGCAGUCCACCACGCAGAAGCUAGAGUACGGCGACUCUGGAAGACACCCGCUGAAGGCUGCUAAUGACUCUUCCUUCUCCGAAGAGGAUGCCGUGGCAUUGUCCCUGGCUCUUCCAUCUCCAAAUCUGCCGUCUCCUUCACCAACUAUUGCCUGCUCGCCAAAUUUUCAUGCUCCGACACCAGUAGCAUUUCCUUCGACGCCAGCUUCAACAUCCUCAGUCACAUACUCUCCCAGAUCAGAGUCCAGCCUUACGAAAGCACAAAGCGCUGUUACUCCCAGAGUUCAUGUCUAUGACGAUCGCAAAUCCCCACGCACUCAGCCUCAGACACCAGCAGACGUAAACGUAUCUGCUAGGCCGAGUCGCACUCGAGCAACGACAAUGUCCAGACAGGAAGUCGGUGCCGUUGCGGGAGGUUUGUUCUCGCCUGUCAUUCCAGAGAGACGCCCCCAUCGUCCAUACACAUAUCCUACUGGUACCCCACCGAGCUUGGCCGAUGGUGCGGCCAUGCCGGGCAGACCUGGGAUUGUGAGUAGGCCUGGAAUUGUGAGCAGACCCGGUGAUCGAUGGGGCUCGAAUGUUCGUGGAGAUUUGAGGAGCAGCGAAACAAGCGAGAACGAUGUUGAGGGUAGUUUGGCAGGCUUGGACGCAGAUCGGCGCACUUGGAUGGCGCGAAGGGAGGAGGGGACUCUAGAUGUCACGYCUCCGAGGGAAGGUCGGUUUGAGAGGUAUUUGCGUUGA